AUGAGUCUUCCCCCACAGUGCUCAGUUUUCUCUGCUGAAGCAGCAGCAGCCUUCAUCGCUGCUACCACGCCAUCUGACCGCCCGAUACUGGUUCUGACCGAUUCUGCGAGCGUCAUAUCGGCGCUUCAAUCUGAUACACCGACACACCCCUGGAUCCAGGGUAUACUUAUGAACGCACCAGCUGAUACCGUGUUCACUUGGAUCCCUGGACACUGCGGUGUUCCGUGUAAUGAAAAAGCCGAUCGUCUCGCUGGCUCCGGUCACGCCCGUGAACGACACACUGACAGCAUCCCGCUCAUGGAUCUUAAACGAUGGAUCAAAUCCAGCUGCCGUCAGUACUGGGGUAACCUAUGGAGCCAAUCAAGAACUGCUUUCCUGCGGAAAAUAAAAGACACGGUUGAACCAUGGACUGAUUUGCCAGUGCUCAAAGACCAGAGAGUAAUCUCUCGAUUGCGAAACGGGCACACACUUCUAUCACACAACAUGGGAGGUGGACCGUUCCGCAAGGAGUGUGAAGUGUGCCACAUCCCAGCCACAGUAGAACAUGUCCUUUGCGUGUGUCCCAUCUACGAAGGCCAACGUCAACUCCACAACAUCGCUGGUAAUAUUGGAGAAGUCCUACGGGACGAUCCGGAUACCAUCAAAACACUGUUCAAGUUUCUCCACGAUUGUAACUUGUAUGAAUUAAUUUAA